AUGGCUGCUGCUGCUUUGGAUAAGAGCGUACCAGAGAAGUUGCCCCAACCAUUGGAUGCUACUGCAGAGCAACCACCGCUCCUUGAUGGGACUACCAAGUUGUAUACAUGUUAUACGUGUCCAUUUGCCCAGAGAGUUUGGAUCACCAGAAAUUUCAAGGGAUUGCAAGAUGAGAUUAAACUAGUUCCUCUAAUCCUUCAAAAUAGGCCUGCUUGGUAUGCAGAGAAAGUUUACCCUCCGAAUAAGGUACCAUCAUUGGAACACAAUGGCAAAAUUAUUGGGGAGAGUCUUGAUUUGAUUAAAUAUUUAGAAAGCAACUUUCAAGGACCUUCUCUUCUCCCCAAGGAUCCUGCUAAGAAAGAGUUCGCUGAAGAGUUGUUCUCCUACACUGAUAAAUUCAAUGGUACAGUGUUUACUGCAUUCAAGGGAGACGUGGCAAAGCAAGCGGGUCCUGCUUUUGAUCACCUGGAAAAUGCUCUGCAUAAAUUUGAUGAUGGGCCAUUCUUCCUUGGUCAAGAAUUCAGUUUGGUGGAUAUAGCCUAUAUCCCAUUUGUUGAAAGAUUCUAUAUCUUCUUGUCAGAAGUGUUUAAGUAUGAUGUUACUGCCGGCAGACCAAAACUGGCAGCUUGGAUUGAGGCGGUGAACAAGAUUGAGGCUUACAAGCAGACAAAACCAGAUCCGAAAGAGCUGGUUGAAUUUUACAAGAAACGCUUUUUGGCAUAG